AAGAUAAAGAGAAUAGAGUGUCAUGUUGACAUAAAUCUUUAGGCCCCAGGGUUUAAAAUUUCAAUUUCUGAAAAGAAAUCACUAGGUGAUUAUGUUGGGCCUGAAAAGAAUUUUGGGUCUGUCUGGCGGAGUGUUGGUUGACGAGGAAAAUCGAAAGGAACUCUGAAGCGCGGACGAAUGCUAACGGCUUUUAUAGGAUUGUAACUGUGAUUUCAUCCUAUACAGCUAUCAAAACGUUUCAUUGGUCUACAAUCUGUGAACUGGAGGCGUGAUUCGACAAAACAAUUGUGUGAAUUUAUAGCAAUCCUAAAACCAAUUUAUCUGGAACCUUGUUAGAGGAUAACAAUCACUGAGUCGGUCAGUUUUCGAUCUGAUAAGGUAUCAAGCCAGUUUUCCUUUAACUUCUGCGUUCGGCUCGGCUCGGCUCGACUUCAAGGAAAGAGAUGAGUUGGAUUCGAGAUCAAGGUCAUUUGUCUCGUGUUUUAGAGGAAGAGCUGAAAUGUCCGGUGUGCCUAGACGAAUUCGAAGAUCCAAAGAAUCUGUGUUGUUCUCACACAGUCUGCAAACAGUGUCUGAGUCAGAUGGUGGAACACAAUUUGCUUCGAUCCUUCUUGCGUUGCCCCACCUGCAGGCGAGAAACUGAGAUACAUUUUCCGGAGGGCAUCGACGGUCUGCCUACAAAUUACAUCGCGAUUGCUCUAAUAUCUGGGAAAAGUAGAACCAAAGACAUCAAGGAGGUGGAGGACCGUAUAAAUAAAUGCAAGGAGACUUUGCAAGAAAAAAAGGGAUUGUUGUUCAAGAUCAUGGACACAUCGCAGAGUCUUGGAAACCGAAGGCAGCAAGUUGAAGGUGAAAUUCGGCAAGCUGCAGAAAGAAUUGUGCUGAUGGUGAGAACUAGAGAGGAAGAACUUAUACAAGAGCUUAAUUCGGCUGUGGCUCGACAGCAGAGUGAUUUAAGACAGCAAAAAGUUGUGAUACAGAAUUUGAUAGCAGAUGCAAAUAGGAUGCUCAAUGAUGCCCAGCAACAAAUCAAUGCACUCUCCACAAAGAGGCUUGUUGAAGCUAAAGAUUCGAUCCUAUCUCAGCUCCGAGACAUUGAUGGUAUAGAGUCGGACAUACCGGAAAUUAAUCCCAUUGUAUUUACCCCAAACACAAGUUUUAACGAAAGUGAACAACUAACUAAGCUUGGAAAACUGGACGUUCAUUCUAUUCAAGAAAACCCAGAGAGCUCUGACAUUCAUUCAAUUAGUCUCGAUUACUCAACAGGUGAAAUACAAAUUUCUGCUUUUGGAACACCUGGGGCUGACGAGGGUGAAUUUACCCUCCCGUGGGGCGUGGCCAUACGGGACGAUGGCUGUAUUGCUGUUGCUGAUCAUGCUAACAGCAGGAUUCAAGUAUUUGAUCAUCAAGGCAGUUUCCUUCGUUUUUUAACAGAUGAUGAAGUAGAGAGUGUUCACCUUCCCACCGGCAUUGCGUUUGACCUUGAUCAUCACCUUGUAACCUUCGAUGAUGAAACUCACAAAAUCAAAGUAUUGGACUCUGAAGGUCGGCUGAUUAGGUGCAUGAACACUGAGACUAAACUUGGCACCAAAGUGGAGGGAAUAUCAGUUGAUAAUGAAGGACACAUAAUUGUCACGGACUCGUCAAAUGAACGGGUACUAGUGUUUCACCAUAGUGGACAUUUAUGUCUUGAAUUCGGAGCUGAUGGGAAAAACAAGCUGGGCUGGCCAUCAUCUGCAGUUUUCCAUCAAGGGCGAUUUAUUGUCUCUGACACAUUUAACCACUGCCUCAAGGUGUACAACCGACAUGGUGUCUACCUUCAGCAGAUUGGAAGAUCAGGAAGAGAGCCAGGACAAUUUAUCAAACCGCGAGGACUGGCUGUGGAUUCAGGAGGUAACAUACUUGUGUGCGAUUCUGGCAACUGUCGCAUCCAAGUCCUUGACUCUUAUGGAAACUUCGUAAAGAGCUUUGGAGGCUUUGGUGAGGAAGAGGGAAAGUUUUGUUUGCCAUACUCUGUGGCAGUUGGAAAACGGGGGGAAGUAGUUGUGUCUGACUGCAACAGUCAUCGCAUACAGAUUUUUCGAUUCCCAUCUCUUAAUGAAAGCUCAAAUCCUGCUUAACCCUUUAACUCCCAUGAGUGACCAAGAGAGAAUUUCUCCUUACAAUAGCAAUACAAAAUCAACCAGAUAAGCGUUGAGAGUAAAGAAAAAUAUCAAUUUGGGGAUAAUUAGUUGAUCCAAUGCUGAAUUCUCUGAACUAACAUUACAAGAAUUGUAUGGUUGACAGUAAGGAUAAUUACAAAUUUGAUGUGGGACUUAGAGGGUUAAAGUGAAAGAGGUGAUGGAGUGAUUUCAAAAUUAACUGCAGUUUCAAUGAAAAUCAAUUGUUGCUAACUUUUGUAUUUAGUGGAAAGAAUGAUUAAACUUUGAUGUGUUUUGUGAGCAAAAUAGAAAAAAAUUUAUAGUGAGCUGAUAAGCUUAAGCAAGACAUAAUAAUUCGAGAGUACUUUUGUAAAAGAAAAUUUGCAAAUUCCAGUGCACAAUCAAUUUUUAUAGAUUCUCAUUUUCAUACAAGUAAAACUUUGUUUGGCCAGCAGUCGUUUGAGUGAUAGAAGAGCCAUUUAAUUUUAAAUCCUUUAUAGAUUGCUCACUUCUAAGUGACUAAUAAUGAGCUCCAGCAUGAUUCGAAAUUAUUUUAGUGGCUGUUUUGGCAAGUUUUUCAUUUUGAGCCAGGCUGCUAGAAGAAACUCUUAAAAAAACUUUCAUGCAAAUCAGAAAAAUGAGGUCACUGUAAGAUGUAAUCAGACAAUUUUGUCAUUCAUUAAUGGUGCAUAAAAUUAACCCUUUAAACCCUGAAAGUGACCAGCAUCUAAUUUCUCCUUACAUUAAUUUGGCUGAACCAUAUAUUAAGAUCAUGAGAACAAAGGAAAUGAUUGCCAAG